AUGGAUCGCAACCAGGUAGCUCGGUCGCCUCAGGCAGAGUCUAUCAUCGGACCUGCUCUCAAAAUUGGUGCUCUUUCCGCUGGUUUCGUCACUGGCAGUGUUGCUGGCGUCAUUCGAAAUUCUCCUCCUCUUCUUUUUGGUCUCGGCUCUGGCAUUCAAUGGUUCGGCUUGGGUACUACAUACUGGGGUACGAGGAGCUUCAUCUUCCAAGCAUGGGACACCGGGAAGGGCUUGACCAAGAGCGACAAGACAUCUGCUAGCACUAUUGCUGGCGGUGUAGCUGGCAGCGGUGUUGGCUUGCUCACUCCCAUCAUGUUCUCGCUCUUUGGUUUUCUUGGACAGACUGUCUCCAACUACUACGACAAAACUGAUAUGCCAAUAUCGGACGAACCACAAUUGAAUUUCUGGCAAAGAUUCGCCAGUCUGAAAUGGAUGCCUGUCACCGUCCUCAAGGACGGCGAGUAUGAGGACAUGCUGCGUGAAAGGCAACUCAAACUCGAAGCAGAGAUUGCCCUCGUGGAUGAGCGCAUUGAAGCUCUCAAAAUGCAGCACGCUAAAGCGCCUUCUACGGAUAGCACCGCUCCAUGA